GCGGGCGGCUCCGCGCAGGCGCAGCUCCGCCGCCGCAGCUGCGCACGGAGCGUCGGGCGGUCGGGGCCGGUCUGGGGGCGCUGCCGGGAUGGACGAGGACGUGCUGACCACCCUGAAGAUCCUCAUCAUCGGCGAGAGCGGCGUCGGCAAGUCCAGCCUUCUGCUGCGGUUCACAGAUGAUACAUUUGACCCAGAACUUGCAGCAACAAUUGGUGUGGACUUCAAGGUGAAAACUAUUUCAGUUGAUGGAAACAAGGCUAAACUGGCAAUAUGGGAUACUGCAGGUCAGGAGCGGUUCAGAACAUUAACCCCCAGUUACUACAGAGGUGCACAAGGUGUUAUCCUAGUUUAUGAUGUCACAAGAAGAGAUACUUUUGUCAAGCUGGAUAACUGGUUAAAUGAAUUGGAAACUUACUGCACAAGGAAUGACAUAGUGCAAAUGUUAGUUGGAAACAAGAUUGAUAAGGAAAACCGUGAAGUUGACAGAAACGAAGGCCUCAAAUUUGCAAGAAAACAUUCCAUGUUGUUCAUAGAGGCAAGUGCUAAAACAUGUGAUGGUGUGCAGUGUGCCUUUGAGGAACUUGUUGAAAAAAUCAUUCAGACUCCUGGACUGUGGGAAAGUGAAAGCCAAAACAGAGGUGUAAAGUUAUCAAACAAGGAAGAAGGAUAUGGAGGAGGAGGAGCUUGUGGUGGAUAUUGUUCUAUGUUAUAAACUUUGGGAAGCUUAUUCUUUGCAUAUUUAAACAGAUAGUUACAUCUUUCUGUACAUAAAGUCAUUAAAUGCUAUUUUUAGGGACCUUGCAGUUUGCACAUAUUUGUUUUGUAUCAUGGCCGUGAACACUUGUAGAAAAAAAUGUUCUGCAGCUUUCCCAGUCUGAAAAUGUUAUGGUAAGCAUGCCCAAUUUGCAAUCUUCAGGUUUUUAUAAGUAGCAUUAAUAAUGUGCAAGAACAAAUGCACUAAAAAUUUUACAACUGUAUACAUUAAUUGUGUAACUAUUCUAAACAAAUCCAUCUAACAAAUACUGCAUUGUCUGCUCUUUGUCUUAUUUUUAAAUUCUGUUGAAAUUAUAGAACUAUAUAGUGAGCACAGAUCUUGGAAACAGUAUGAGCUAUAAAUGUUACAUUUCAUCUCUUCUAGUAAAUGCUUUUUUUUAAGGUAUUAAAAGCAGCAGGAUUAUACAGUUCUUAGACAAAUCUGCUAAAAUUUUGUCUUUCAGCAGUGCAGUCUAAAACACAAAUUGGCACAGGCCCUAGUUGGCAUCAGCACUUUCUUGAAGAGAUGCUUUGAAAGCUUCCUUUGCAAAGCUGGGAGACGCCAUGUUUUCCUUUUAAUCAUCACUUCAGUUGAUGGCUUAACUGGAGUUUUAAUCCUGUGAUAUUUAUAUACUAAAUUUGUGGUACUCUUGCACUCUAGGUUUUUAUGAUGGUCUACUCUUAGACUUGUUGCAGAAAGUCUUCAUUAUUGGCAAGGGGUCUGAGUGAUGUCAUUGUUCUUUCAUUGUGAAUCAUUUUGCCACACUUCAGUAUGGAUUCCUAAUUUUCUGAAAUGUUUGUAAUAUAAGUUUAUCUCAACUGUAGCUCACUGUGACUGUGAGAUCUCUUAUCACGUCUGCUUUGUGCAGCUACUUAUUCAGAAAUAAAACCUCUGUCACAAACACUAAAUGGGAAGCUAUAGGGCUUCUUGAUCUCUGUAUGAAAAAAUACUAUUGCAAUGAGUAUUCACUUGAAUUUACUGUAUCAAAGCCAAUGGUUUGUUUCAGAAGACUUGUAUAGACUUAAAUAAAUUUUUUUCCACAGUA